AAUGAAUAUAAACCCCAUCAAAAUUCAAAAAAAGCAUUUUCUUGUGAUGGUAAUAAGCACAUUAAAAAAAUAAAAAGUUAUAUAUUAAAAAAAUAAAAUCCCAAAUCUCAAUUUACCCUAGCUUCCCCUUAAAUUGCUAAUCAAAUCCCAAUAUUUCAACACUCUAAUUUUCAUUUCCCUCUAAUUUAUUUUCUUCUUUCAAAUUACUCUUAUUUUCUCUCCGGUAAUAAAAUAGCUCUACUACUUUCAUAGUUCUGGCGCCAUUCUUUUUCCAUUUUUAUUCAAACUUCAAAUCUCAAAAGACCCAUCAAUGGAAGAAAGAGGAAGUCCCAUUUCCGGGUCACCCGAAAACACUGAAAGCGGGUCACCAACCCCAGUAAGUGGCGGCGUUAUUUCUGCACCGCCGGAGCAACUCUCCGGUGGAUUUUCUACCGCGGUGGUUGCUUUAGGAAUUACUGGAAGUUCAGACCCAAACAAAAAGAAAAGGGGAAGACCAAGGAAGUAUGAUAUCAACGGAAACUUAAAUCCGGCGUAUGUCAACAGAAAAAAGAUCUUGAAACCGGAAAAUCCGGUUUCUCCUCCGCCUGGGUUUACAUUAACGACGCCGUUUCCGACUGAGUAUGGGAUGAAAAAAGGGCGUGGUAAACAUGCUGUUCCUGUUAACUGGCAUCAACCGUCUCCUGCUUCUGCUUCACCUUCUGUUUCUGCUUCUUCUCCUUCCUUAGGUGGAAAUUUUGCAGAGACAGCAGGGUCGGACUUCACUGUUCAUGUCAUAACAGUACAAAGAGGAGAGGAUGUUACAGCCAAAAUCCAUUCGUUAGGCCAAAAGGGGUCAGGCCCCCGAGGAGUUUGUGUUCUGUCUGCUACUGGUGUCGUCUCCAAUGUUACCAUCCGUCAAUUAGGAUCUUCUGGUGGACUUUUAACUUAUGAGGGCCGCUUUGAGAUAUUGUUAUUGAGGGGGUCGUACACAAUUAACGAAGCCAAUGGAGUGACAACUAAGACCGGUGGAUUAAGCAUCUCAUUAGUAGGUCCUGAUGGCCGUGUGGUCGGUGGCAGUGUUGCUGGCUGGAUUACCGCUGCAAACCCCAUCCAAGUGGUGAUCGGAACCUUUGUGCCAUACGGUUACAAGCCACCAAAGAGGAAGUACCAGCGUGAAUCCCCAACUGCAACCGCUGCCAUCCCUGUUUUUCCCGAUACAACACCUGCUGAAAUACCAAAUAUGCAAACUGUACCCGAAGUGUUCCCACCAGAAGUUCCCCCAAUGGGAACACAAAGUCAUAGUGAGGCAGACGACAGCAUAGGAAACGGGCAUAACCUAAAUGUGAUAUCAUCACAUAAUGCCCCGGAAUGGAACAAUGGGUCGCAGCCAUCACAGCAGCAGAGAUUUUACGCAGAUAUCAACGUGUCUGUGCCUGGUGUAUGAGGCCUCAAGUAUUCAUUAGUGAGUUGAUCCUAGUUUCUUUGCCUUGUCUAGUAGUGUCCACAGUUUUUAUGGUAGUAGGUUUUAGAAAAGGUUGAAAAAAGGACUGAUUUACAAAACUCAGUAUUGAUUUGAUGGCUCUGGAGUGUGUUCUAUUCUAUGACCCGAGUUAAAUGAACUUCACAUUGACAUUAUAGUUCUUGUAGCUCAAAGUGUAAGCUCUAUUUAUAUUCUGUUUCACCUUUACUUAUCUGUUUUUUC